UCUGAGGUUCAGUGUGUAGGCUUGGCUUAGGGUUCUGAGUGAGGGAGCUCUGCUAUCUCUCCAUAGGUGGGCUUUAUGUGAAGGGAGCCGAGAGGGGGAGUGGCUGAGAGGAAGAGAGGAGAGAGUGGGCGGGAUCUAGACACAGGCUCGCUGGAGUAGAGCAUGCCUGACAGGCUCGGCUAACGGCUACGGAAAAGCGGUUCCAGACCGAUGCUGAGUCAGGUAGAGGUGGGGUCGCAUCCUGUUCGGCUGCUGGGACCCUCUAGAAAUUAUGGAGGAGCUAGAACAUACCUGUCCACUGCCACGAACGACUCUAACAGAACCUGCCAUAUUUACAACAGAGACGAGUUGUGAGUGCCAGGCACCACAUGAGAAGCUAACUGUAGAGCAAGCUCGACUCGGAACACCUGUGGACAGACCGGUGCGAAUCUAUGCAGAUGGCAUCUUCGAUCUUUUCCAUUCUGGUCACGCUCGCGCCCUGAUGCAAGCUAAGAAUCUGUUCCCUAAUGCCUACCUUAUAGUUGGAGUAUGCAGUGAUGACCUCACUCACAAGUUCAAGGGCUUCACAGUAAUGACAGAAGAUGAGCGGUACGAAGCUUUGAGACACUGUCGCUACGUUGAUGAAGUUUUGCGUGAUGCACCCUGGACUCUGACUCAAGAAUUUUUAGAAAAACACAAGAUUGAUUUUGUGGCACAUGACGAUAUCCCAUACUCGUCUGCUGGAUCUGAGGAUGUAUACAAGCAUAUCAAGGAGGCAGGUAAAGAAAAGCAGUCUUCGCUUAAGAGCAUGCAUAUGUUUUUGUUUAGACCCGGUCUAACAUAUGUGAGUGUCUCAGGUAUGUUUGUGCCCACUAAAAGGACAGAAGGGAUCUCAACAUCUGACCUGAUUACCCGGAUAGUGAGAGAUUAUGACGUGUAUGCCAGACGCAACUUGCAGAGGGGCUACACCGCUAAAGAACUGAAUGUCAGUUAUAUCAAUGAAAAGAAGUACCGGCUGCAGAAUCAGGUGGACAGGAUGAAAGAGAAAGUGCGGACGGUAGAGGAAAAGUCCAAGCACUUUGUGUACAGAGUGGAGGAGAAGAGCCACGAUCUUAUCCAGAAGUGGGAGGAGAAAUCUCGAGAGUUCAUUGGGAAUUUUCUGGAGCUCUUUGGCCCAGAUGGGACAUGGCAGAUGUUUCAGGAACGAAGUGGUCGAAUGAUCCAGGCUUUAUCUCCGCACGGCUCACCCAGCAGUAGCCCUCCAAGGGACUUUUCUCCAUCCCGUUCCCCAUCGCCCCCCUCCCGCUGGGCCAUGCCCAGGACCUCUCCACCCUCAUCCCCGAAGGGAGCGUCCGCCUCCAUCAGCAGCAUGAGUGAAGGCGAUGAGGACGAAAAGUGAGGAAUGGACCAUCACAUGCUCACUCUCACUCACACAUACACACUAACACACACUGGCAGCAAUUAUAGGUGCAAACAACUACCCUAAUGGGAAAAUGUAAUGUACUGUACUCAGCGCAGGGCUCUUGAAAUCCUGUUUAGUAAUGCUGGUAUUGCAGCAAAUAUCUGAAAGCCAUUGCAGACCCUUUUAUGAUGAGAACAGAUUUAACAGACAUAGUUUUAAUGGAGCUUCUCAGUCAGAGUGUAGGAAAACCUGGAAGACUAAAUCUACAUAGGUUCCCUCUGGACUUUCAAAUGGGUUCUUAGAAUAGAGGAUUUUAAAUUAUACACUACGUAGCAGACAAGCCUCUUGUUCAUCGGAAAGGGAACCGAGUUAUCCACCAAAACACAACAUAAAACUGCUUUUCAGCAUAACCAAAACACACAUCGAUCGACACACACACACAGUUCCAUGUGUCUCCCUCUUUCUCUCUCUCUCUCUGGCAUCUCCAGCUCCUUAUCGCUCUCUCUCCCACUGAUUGGGGCAACUCAGCAUCAGGCGUGCAUCCUCAUGGCCCGGCCACGCCCUGCUCCUCGUCACAUACCCCCACUGCCCGAUUCAGGCUGGGGAACCAACAGGCCUGACCUACUCCCUCCCCCCCUUCCUGGAGGGGCGGAGUUGCCCCUUCAGCUGUUCCACCACUGGCUGGUCUUCCCCACAUGGGGAGGAAGAGGGGAGAGAGAUAGAGAAAGGGAGAGGUAAAAAACACUCCAGUUCCCGACCAUGUUGGCAUACGGUCCUCAGACAGCUGUGCAGCUGUCCUCCAUGACGCCGGGCGAUGGCACUGGACUUCGCCUCCUGGCGGACGGCAGCGGGCUCCUCCGCCUCCUGGCGGACGGCAGCGGGCUCCUUUGCCUCCUACCGGAUGGCAGCGGGCUCCUCCGCCUCCUGGCAAACCACUCCAGUACCACCGGAUCAUGGAUCUUCAGUGACACGAUCCUCCAUCAGCGGCGAGGACUCUCAGACGGCACGUCUUCCUCCAGUCCCGGGUUUCGGCACCACUGUGGCAGACAAGUCUCUUGUUCAUCGGAAAGGAGGAAGCGGGAACCGGGUUAUCAACCAAAAAGACUUUUAAUAAACAAAACGUAAUAUAAAACUGCUUUUCAGCAUAACCAAAACACACAUCAAUCGACACACACACAGCUGUGUGUGUGUGUGCUCUCUCUCUCUCUCUCUCUCUCUCUCUCUGGCGUCUCCAGCUCCUCCUUACCUCUCUCUCUCCCACUGAUUGGGGCAACUCAGCACCAGGCGUGCAUGCUCACAGCCCGGCCGCACCCUCAUCUUCGUCACACACUAAAACAGUAAAAUAAAGAGUAAAAUAAGGUCUGUGGAUAAAAAAAAUUGAAAAGACUUAGAGGUCAGCAGUAUGAGUUCAAGGUAUGAAAAAGUCUCUUUAAGCAAUGUUAUCAAGCACUCUUUAUUUUACUCCUAAAUUGAAACCCGCUAUUCUAAAAACCCAUUAGAAAUUCCAGAGGAAUCAUAAAUGCUAAUUCUCUUCUUGGUUUUAGGACAACAAACUGAACAGCUCUAUAGAGGAUGAGGACUGUACGAAUGAUUUUGUCCUCUAUUGCUCAGGUCUGACUGGAAUAUAGGGACUGCCCUACUGUAACAUACAUUAUAUCCCUGUCCAUUGUUUUCACAUUGUAAUGUCUGAUCCACCUCAUGAAUAUGUAUCAAUGCAAAUGGAGCACAUAGGGAGACUGCUAGCAUUCGCUGAGCUGUUUGUGCAUGAAUGUGUUUAGUUCUCAUUAAUAAUCAUUAACCUGUUUCAGUGUCUUGUAUGUUAUUGCAGCCUUAAAGGAACAGUUCUCCCCAAAAUGAAAAUUUUCAUGUCUUUCGAAAACUGUAUGGCUUUAUUUCUUGCAUGGAACACAAAGAGGGUUAUUUAUAGCAGAAUAUAAAUAAACUAUAAAAUAAAAAGUGCUCUACGGCUAGAUUUUCAGUGAAUUACAACUUAAAUUUUAGUCUGUUUCUCACACAAAGCUAUUGUAUGGCUUCAGGAAAGCAGCAUUUAAGUCAUAUGGACUACUUUUAUGAUAAAAGUUGAGCUUGACAAUCCCUGGCCCCCAUCUAUGUUCAUUGUAUGGAAGAGAGCAGCUCAGAAAUUCUGCUUAGUUUCUCUUUUGAUGUUCAAUGGAAGAAAGUCAUACAGAUUUGGAAAUUUUUAUUUUUUGGGUUGAACUAUUUCUUUAACCUCAAAAUAAAGCUCUUUCUUUGCAAAUUUAUGUCACAAUCAAAAACUUGUCCAAUAUGGUACAUCAAAUUGUCUUCAGGCAAGCUACACCCUAAAAAAAUUUCAUUAAAGAGAUUUAAGUCUGGUUGCUUUUAGAUAAAGGUAAUAAAAUGGACUCAAACUGAGGGAACAGUAGGUCUAAGCUGCUCACUCUACCUUACUCCUACAUUGUGUAAUCCAGCCUGUCUUGUCUAGUUAUGUCAUUAUACUGUAAUCCAGUCUGUCUUGUCUAGUUAUGUCAUUAUACUGUAUGUAUGCACAUGACAGUCACAAAAGUCAUACAUGUAAUCAGCAUGAUGUUCCAAACCCGUAUUACUUUUUUCUUCUUCUGUGGAACACAAAAGGAGAUGUUUGGCUGAAUGUUAGUCUCAGUCACCAUUCACUUUUAUUCUAUGGAAAAAAGAUGCAAUGAAAAUGAAUGGUGAUUAAAAAUGAAAAUAAGCAUACGGGUUUAGAACAUCAUGAGGAUGAGUGAAUGAUAACAGAAUUUUCAAUUUUUGGGUGAACUAUCCCUUUAAGUGUUAUGACAUGAACCUAGGAUCGGAAAGUAACUUCAAAUAACACAAAUGGAUGGUAAUACUAGAAGAUCUCUUUAUUGUUCUUUUUUGAAUAGGUACUUCAGAUGGAAUGCCAAUAGAUCAAUAUCUUCAUUGCAAUAAAUGAUUUAUGUGUGUAUAGAGUGUCAGGUUCCAAACUAUAUCAGCAUCACACAAAAUCAUCUAACACUUGGUUGAAACAUUGUUUCAAAACGAAAAUUUAUCUACAAGCAGUGGUGUUUUGUUCGUCAAGAACAAGAAAAGACAAAAAAAAAAAAGUAUCACGAAAACACACAAACAAUGUCUGUUCCACCUGAAAAGUUUGUUUCUCGUAGAUUUUUGCAUGAACCACUAAAAUACUAGCUCAUAUAAAA